AAAAAAACACUCGACAAAUUGGGUGUUUGCCUAGUGCCAGACACUAGGCAAAGAAAACCACUUGAUAAACUAGUGUCGUCAUCUAACACCAUCCACCAACCGUUAACGUUGCCGAGUAUCUGACUUCGACACUCGGCAAAGAAUGUCUCUUUGCCUAGUGUCGGACUAGAACACUAGGCAAAGAGGCACUUUACCUAGUGUCUUAUUUUGACACUCGGUAAAAUAAUUUUUUUCUUUUCUUUCUGCUUCCAAACUUUUUAUGAUGUGUUUCUAUAGCACUUAGAACUACAUGUCAAGCUUUGGUAAAUUUUUUGAAGUUUUUGCUAUAUUUACUCAAUUUAUUUCAUUUAAUUGAAUUUCUUUUGAUAAUUCAAAUUUGAACUGCAAGUCAUUUGCAUGAUGGAAAAAUGAUAUUCAUGUUAUUUAUCAUAAUUUAAGACCUUAUCGAGUAACAGACUAUAAAUUUUAAACAUCAUGUUCACGAAACAUGACCACAAACUUACGAUCCAGUUGUUUUUUAAUUGUAUAAAAAUCAAACAAAGUCAGAAAAUCAUUAAACUUGUCGAGAUGUCAUGAUAUCAUAUGUGGAGGCUGUGAUAAAAAGUUGACAAGGUUUCAUACAAGUUUGACACGAAUGAUAGUUACCACCUAGUCGGCCUCUACAUUAAAUCAUUAAACUUCUCUCUCAAUUCUUUGGUUUGUAAGCAUUGUACAUAAAAACUUUUAUGGAAUAUUGUCAAAUUUUUAUCAUAGCCUCCACAUAUGGUAUCAUGACAUCUCGACAAGUUUUAUGAUUUUCCGACUUCAUUUGCUUUUUAUGCAAUUUAAAAACAACUAGACCACACGUUUGUGGUCAAGUUUUGUGAACAUGAUGUUCGAAAUCUCUGGUAUGUUACCGGAUAAGGCCUCAAAUUAUACUAAAUAACAUGAAUAUCAUUUUUCCAUCUAUUUUUCCAUUAUGCGAAUGACUUGCAGUUCAAAUUUAAAUUAUCAGACGAAAUUCAAUUAAAUGAAAUAAAUUUACUAAAUAUAGCUAAACAUUUUUAAAAAUUAUCAAAACUUUACAUGUAAUUCUAGGUGCUAUAGAAACAUAUCAUAAAAAGUUUGGAAGCAAAAAAGAAAAUAAAAAAAUAUUUUACCGAGUGUCAAAAAAAGACACUAGGCAAAAUGCCUCUUUGCCUAGUGUCCUGAACUGACACUAGGCAAAGUGUCUGUUUGCCUAGUUCCUGAACUGACACUAGGCAAAGUAAAAAUGGGUAUGUGCACAGACUAGUCGGCCAAGCACACCAGCUCCAGUUCACAUCAGUGACAAGUGGGGUCACGACUCACGAAGCCUGGACUUGGGUGAGCGACCGGUCCAACCCUAGCAUGGCGGUGGCGGCGGCGGCGGCGGCUUCGGAUCCGGCCUUGGCGCUGGCCGACGGCGAGCUUCUGGUGGUGGCUCCGGUUCUCCUCCAUAUAGUACUCGAAUAAUUGAAUAAAGAUGGUGGGCGGUGGGAUGAGGAGAGUAGUGUCGCUUUACCAAAGGCCGAGGUUUGUUUUACCAUCAGAGAGGAGGAGGAGGAGCACUCGCAGGGCGGACGCAGAGCAAGCGCCUCCCGCCCCGUCAUGUGAGGAAGAGCAACUGCCCUUGGAGGCUGAGGAGGCGCAGAACGAUGCCGAGGAGGCACAGGGCGACGCUGAGGAGACACAACAAGACGUCGAGGGGGCGACAGUAGGAGAUUCUACUGCCUCUGGUUCAUCGAGCGUCUACUUGCGAGGUCCCGCAAGCCUCCCUAAGCGACUGAUACCUCUUGAGAGACGUCCGGUGAUUCAACCCGAGGGGGAAAGGAACUGGUCGACUGUGGUGAGUGGAGGUGCUCACACACGCCGAGUCAAUGGCAUACUCGGUCUUCUGUGCAAGGAACACUUCCCUGGAAUGGUUGAGUACGACGGAGUGAUGGUGCCAGCCUACUCGUUCGACCACUACGCCAUUGCCCCCGAUGCUGAAGAUCGAGUCAGUAGGGUAUUCAACAACAAGGCAGAGCGGGUGAAGCAAGAGUUGUGGGAUUUCUACAGAUGUCAGGAGGGAUAUGAGGGCAGGGCAGAUGCGUUGGCUACCAGAUGUUGUAAAAACUCAUCGUAGAUAUGCACUACGAGGCGCGCAUCCAGGCCAUCAUAAAAUACCAUGGGACCAUCCUUAGAGAGAAGGUCUCCAAAAAGGACGCAAGAACCAUGAAGUUGACUCGGGACCAGUACUUGGAGAUGAUUCCUUAUUGGUGUGCCACGCAUCCCGGGUGUUGGGAACGAAUGGUGGACCAAUGGUGCUCAGACGAGUGGGAGGAGGUGCACAACACUUGUCGGGAUCGACGUUUGAUGAUGCCAGGUGUACCACACCAUCAAGGCAGUCGCAGCCUCAACGGAUACGCACAAGCAUGGUCGGUGUCACAUGGUGGACAGACUUGUUCCAUCUUCAAGGCAUUUGCUAUGUCCCACAAGGCCAAGGCGACGUCCGACGUCAACUAUAACCCAGAGGAUGGGCCGGAGGUGUACAACAAUGGAACCAUCCACAGUCGCCUCAGUGAGUACACAUCGAUGGCAAGGGAGGUCCAUGGGUCUGAAUACGAUCCGAGCACCGAGGAGCUUGACGCAGAAGUUGUCAUGAGGGUUGGAGGAGGCAAGAAGCAUGGACGCUACUGGAUUUGCGACGGUGCAAUCGACUCAGCCGCUACUCCCUCUCUAUCUCAGAUUCGAGCAAGUAGCACGAGCGCGAGCCCAGCCAUACAACCUCGGCAGGACACUUCACAGCAUCGGAUACAAGCACUCCAGAACCAACUGGUAGAAGAGAGGAGGGAACUCCAGGCCCAACUUGAAGAAGAGAGGAGGCAACGUUUGGAGUUGGAUGCGAGGAUGAGGUCCGAGCAGCAGAGGACGGAGGACAUUCUUCAUUACAUACAGUCUGCAACGGGUGUAGCUCCACCACCUUCGCUAUUCACUCCAAAUCCACCUCCAUCUCAGUUUUCCACUCCUAAUCAAUCGGCGGCAUCGAAUGAUCCUCAUGUUUCACCAACUGAGCCUAAUUGCGUGCGUCGUUUGUGAACUUAUUUGUGAGAUAUGUAUUGUCGGUGAUAUAUUGUGAUCUUUGUGAACUUAUUUGUGAGACAUGUGGACUUAUUUGUAAGACAUGUGGACUUAUUUAUGAGACAUGUGAACUUAUUUGUGUUGUUGCUGCUUUA